GUGAAAUUACAUGGCGAGUUGAUCUUUCUUGCAGUGGUAAAUAUGUUCCUUUCAAUUACUGCAUUUCUGGGGAAUACUCUGAUUCUGGUUGCGCUACACAGAGAAUCUUCACGUCGUCCGCCUUUUGCUUCCAUUAUGCUGUAUCGUAACCUAGCAAUAACGGAUCUCUGUGUUGGUAUACUUGUGGAGCCAACGUAUAUUGCCUAUUUGAUGUCCUUGAUGGACAAAAGAUUUGAUAUUUGUCAUUACACACGUGUGACAUGCUUUUUUACAACACUUGUACUAUGUGCAGUUUCUUUUCUGACCUUGACUGCAAUUAGCGUGGACAGACUUCUCGUUGUUUUGCUGAGGCUCAGAUACAGACAAGUUGCAAGUUCUAGACGAAAAGUUAUAAUUGUUAUUGUUUUCUGGAUAUUAUCCAUCGUUAGAGCUUCACAAUACUUUUGGAAUCCUCUUUUAAAAACGUGGCUGUGGGGAAGGACAAUAUUAACACUUCUUUGUCUGAUCACUUCAAUUUUCUCUUACACAAAAAUAUUCUUCACCCUUCGUCACAACCAAGUUGAUGUUCAGAACAGCGCUGCUCGAGGACAACCAAGCCAAGCAAUUCCAGGGAAUAUAGCUCGGUACAGAAAGGCAGUGUACAGUGCACUGUGGGUACAGGUAGCAUUCGUCGUUUGUUAUUUACCCCUGGGUAUAGUGGUAGCACUUACACCUCAAAGGCCCGUGCCUGUGAAGAAUUACCUUGCUCGACAAUUUGCCGUUACUUUAGUUUAUUUGAACUCGUCAUUAAACCCGCUGCUUUACUGCUGGAAGAUCCGAGAAGUAAAGCGAGCUGUGAAAGCCACAAUCAGACAACUGCCCUUUUUGUCGACUUAG